AAAAUUUAUCGUUAUUUACAAGUCAAUGUUAUUUACGCAAUAUUUCGUUGCUGUUUUGCUUUCCAAAAUACUUAAAAGCGUGUUUUACUGUUAUUUAAUUGAAUGACAUGGAUGUUGAACGGUAUGUCGGCAUGGACCAGAGGUUCGAUCCUCAUUGGUUGGAAGAAAUAAUUCUACGUCUUGGAGACAUGUUUGACAUUCGCAUUUCAUGGGACCGCGGCACAGCUAUAUUGGCGGGUGUAUGUGCGGUGGCGGGGGGGCUGGUGGGCAUCUAUGCUGGUGGGAGGCUUGGAGCCGCUGUUGGUGCCGGUUUGGGUAGCGCCACUGGCCUUGGAGUUGUUGCAAUGGUGACUCUUCGAGAAUUGUGGGUAACGAUCAAAGACAAGUUGCAAGAGCUUUUCUAUAUUGUGUACAACUAUCUGCGAACGCUGGAUCCAAUAGACAUCAUGCAUGCAUUUGACAUACUGAUGGCAUGUCGUGCCAGCAGGACAGAGCUUGUUUAUAAUAUGCUAGAAUUUAUUGCACUGAAAUUAGGAAAGUUAGCAGACUUGGGGGCCCUGGUCGUACAUGAUAUGCAAGCUAAAUGACCUUGUACGAAUUAAAACAAUCAUAUUCAAGAAGCGGUGCUUAGCGCUCGCCAAUUCUGCUAAGACAGCAGCGUGAAUAUUUCAUGGCUGAAUUAAAGUAUUACUACACUGCCGUGCAUGCGUCUCUUAUGGUUAAGUUGUAAGGGGCUGAAUAAUGUGAAGCCAUUUAAAAUCGUCUACAUUGGGACGUCUGUGACCACGUGGAUUUAAUAAGUAGUCAAAAUUUAGGUGUAGAGCACAAUAGACAGUGGAUCUUUAAGUGAUUCCGACAACCUCAGUGUUACCGGCUGGCACUGCGGGCACUAGAUAAGGAUGUCCUGGGUUAUAUUACUAAAUUAACUUUUUUUGAAUGGGUACAGGGAGUUUACUCCCAUUCUCCGUCCUACAUUCAUCCGAAACAAAUUUUGUCAAAUAAGUAAUACUCGAGCAAAUCAAGACAAUGUCAAGUUUGCAGCUUCAUUCGCAU